GAGUAAUUGAUCGUGUGUUCUAUUCUUUCUUCAUUCUACAAAUAUCCUCGAUUCAAAUCACCCAUGGCAUGUAUUCAUUAAAUAUCGGUGUCUUUUUGGGGAGAUCGUUAUUUCUCUGACAAGCAUUUACACGGUCGUCUGCGUUUCCUCCAAGCUGUUUAAAUCGAUCUUCUGCUGCCGGACAGGGCAGAAGGAAUGGGGGAUCGACAACAGUCCACCGCGGAGGAGAUCUUCAAGGAAGGGAGACUCUACCUGGAUAAAAAUCGGGAGAACUGGGAACUAGUGGAACAGAAGAUACUGAGUUUGGAUGCGGACACCUGCUACAGGGAACACGGGUGGGAGGACAUUAAAACAAGAUGCAACGGAAGUGAAUUGGGGGACAGCCCUCGGGCGACAAGAACAUCGAGCAUUCAGUCUCUGACCGAAAAAUCUAGGAAUUCUCCCCGGACUUUCUUCCAGGCCAAUGACACCUCGGACUUGCGUUUGUCCGUGGAAGGGAAACCCCUGUAUGUGUCCCGUAUCUUGUUGUCCAUCGUCUCACCAGUUCUAAAGGACAUGUUUGACAAACGUUCAAAGGAACAAGCCAUUAUAGAGAUUCCGUUACCGGGCCAGACGUACUCGGAUAUUCUGGAGUUUUUAGAAUGUAUCUAUCCUGACAGCUUAAAGCCAAUAUCAGAUGAAAACGUCCAUGCAAUGCUUCGUUUGGCGGAUGAAUUCAAAGUGAAGACCCUUCGUGAGCGGUGUGUUGCAUUUUUGAAACUACAACUCGAAAACAAUUGUUCUAGCGACAGAAUCAUCGAGAUUCUCACAACGUCCAUCAACUACGAUUUGGAGGAACUUCAGCAGCUUUCUACAGACAUGGCCUGUCGCGCCUCUUCCGAGGAACUGGAGAAUGUGCCAGGAUUCUCAGACUUAUGCGAUGACAUUACUUCCGAUAUUUUCAAAAAGAGGCUAAAACUGUUUGAAGAGGCGGGCAGAAAAAUCAGAAAGCGUUUAAAGGAGGCAGAGACUCACUGUAGUCUGUACCAUAAGAACGAGAGGUGGGGUGACAAUCUGUGUAACAAGUGUCUGGCGGGGGUGGGCAAGGUGUCGGCUUAUGAGAUAGAGAAGUUGUUUUAAUAGUUUUGUGAUAUAGUUUCAUGUUUAAUGUGAACAGCGAAUAAACUAAGUAGCAGAGAAAUAGUAUAUUAUGGCUGAGAAAGGACUACCUUGCAUGUAUUCAAGCUUCUUGUGCCAGUACUAUCUCUUUGGUGAAGUUACAA